AUGGUGGCGGAUACCGAGUACUACGACCUCCUCGAGCUUGACUCGCUGGCGACGCUGCUUGAGAUCAAGCGGGCCUACCGCAAGCUCGCCAUCAGGCUCCACCCGGAUAAGAACCCCGACGACCCCGAUCUGGAGGAGAAGUUCAAACGAGUGGGCGAGGCGUACCAAGUAUUAAGCGAUGACCAGUUGCGCAGCAAGUACGACAAGUACGGCAAGCAGGAGCUGGUUCCGAGCAACGGGUUUGAAGAUCCCGCCGAGUUCUUCAAUAUGAUUUUCGGGGGCGAAGCGUUUGGCGACUGGAUUGGCGAGCUUCUGUUGCUCCAGGAAUUGACCAAGAGUGCCGAGUUACAGAGUAUGGAUGACGAUGGUGAAGGUAAAGAAGGUAAAGAAGGCGAAGCCCGGCUUUUAGGGGAGACGAGUAUCGAUGAAAAGGAAAAGCGCAAACAUGAUUUGGAGAAGUUUGAGGCGGAAUGCGCUCAGAAGAAGGAGGAACUGAGACAACAGUUACAGGAGAAGUUGGUCAACCGCCUCUCGUUAUUGACGGAAACGGAUAUGGCCGAUGAUGUGGUGGAACUGUUCCGGGAGAAAAUGCGGUAUGAGGCCGAUAUGCUUAAAAUGGAGCUGUUUGGGCUUGAGAUUCUCCAUACGUUAGGGGAGAUUUACCGUACCAAACUGAGAAUUUUCCUUAAAAACCAGACAUUCUUUGGUUGGGGUGGGUUUUUCCACUCGUUGGGUGAAAAAGGCGGUGUGGUCAAAGAUACGUUUUCCGCGGUGACUCUGGCGUUGGACGCUCAGAGAACGAUGGCGGAGUACACGAAGAUGCAGGAGGAUAACGAGUACCACGCCAAGAAGGAGGCUGAAGCUGAAGGGAAGACCACCGAAGAUGCUACUACUGAAGGUGAAACUGCCUCUGAGACUACCAAUGAUGCUGCCGCUGACUCGACAAAGCCUGAACCUGAGACUACCACCUCCCAUACUACUGCUUAUGAGCCUGAUUUACUGUCUCCUCCUCCUUCCACUUCCACUUCCACUUCUACCAAAAAGGGGAAGCCCGAGCCGGUACCGGAGAAGCACACCCAGGAAGAGCUCCAGGAAAUGGAACAGUACUUGAUGGGCAAAGUGCUUGCCGCCGCCUGGGGUGGCACCAAAUUUGAGAUUCAGGGGACCGCUAGAGGUAUUUGCGAUAAUAUCCUCGACGAUAAGCUGGUUCCGCUUGAACUGCGGAUCGCCCGGGCCAAAGCACUUAGAAUCAUUGGCGAUGUGUUUUUGCUGACGCUGAGAACGGAAGCCGAGGCGGAAGAAGCCCGGGUGUUUGAAGAGUUGGUGGCGAAAGCCGGUAAGAAGCGGGAGAAGAAAAAGAAGGCUAAGCCCGACACCGAAGAAACGGCUGCGUGA